AUGCAGAGCGGCUCCGAUCUCAAGAAGCUCAAACUUGCGUGCCAAACGUGUCGGAAGAGGCGGCGGAAAUGUGACCUGCAGGUCCCUUGCGUUAAUUGCCAGAAGUUUGGGGUCGAAUGCCUCCCCGUGGACCAAGAUCUGCGUAAGAAAAGGUACAGCGCGCAGUACGUGCAGUCGCUGCACGCACAUAUCUCGCAGCUGGAGGCGUACAUCACGCAACUGAAGUCGGCGGAGAACGAGGAAGAGCGGAAGAGCGUGCUGGCAUCGAUCAAGUUCAACGUGCUGAAGGAUGCGGAAGGCCUCUCGCCCGCGGUGUCGCUGACCCCUCCGUACCUGGCACAGGUGGCGGAUGCAGAGGGCGCGGAGCUGGCCCGCGUGGGGCGGGUGGGGGGGGAAGCGCUGCACAAGAAGAAGCAGGUGUCGUCGUCCAUCUACUCCAGCGACUCGCUGAUGAUCCAGAAGCGGCCGCAGCCAGCCGGGGUGGGAGACGCGCUGGAUCCCGUGCCCAAGCUGAAGAACCUCUCGCGCAGCCCGCUGAUCCUGCGCUCGCUGUCGCUCUUCUUUAAAUGGCUAUACCCGGGGCCGUUCACCUUUAUCCAUAGGGAGACCUUUCUGAGCGCGUUUUUCGGUGACGCUGAGACGAAGACAUACUACUGCUCGGAGGAGCUGGUGUUUGCUAUUGCCGCGCUGGGCUCCCGGCUGUCGCAGAAGGGCAGCGACCUGUUUGCGAAGACGGCGGAGUACUAUAACAUAUCCAAAACAAAAGUCCUGAGCAAAGUGUUCCAGCUGGACUCGGUGCCCUGCACGGGCAUGUCCUCCUCGUCCUCCAAACUAGCGGUUGUGCAAACCCUGCUGUGUCUGGCGUUCUACGACAUGGGAAAUGGCGAAAACCCGCUCGCCUGGUAUGAAUCUGGACUAGCGUUUCGAAUUGCGCAUGAAAUUGGUCUGCACCUCAAUCCCGAAGCGUGGGAUGACGUGUAUGCAGAUAAGCUCUCGCAUCUUGACAUCGAAGUCCGCAGUAGAAUAUACUGGGGCUGCUAUAUUGCGGACCAUUUGAUUGCAGUGCUGUUUGGAAGGUCUUACACCCUGCGGCUCUCGAACUCCACAAUUCCCGAAACUGACGAGCUCCCGAAUAUUGAUACAGGCAUUGAGGAUUACCAGUAUGAACCUGGUGUUUCACUUUAUAUGGCCAAGCCUUUAAAAAAGCUUAUCGUCCUAUCAAGAAUUACAGAAGUGUUUGCUUCGAAACUCUUUGUCCAAGACGGCACUAUGGCCCAUAGGAAGGAAUACCUGAGGAAGUUUAACCUAGAAUUCUAUAACUGGAGGAUAACAAUGCCAGCAGAGUUCCGGUGGACAAAAAACUCAAUUAAGGAUUUCGAUAACAACCCCACCGUCUCUUACCUCUGGUAUCACUACUACAUUAUCCUAUUGUCAUACAACAAGCCAUUCAUGGAGGAGCUGGAGCAGAGUAGACUCAUUGUGGAAGAGACCGUGGAGGAAAUACAUAUUCUUCUGGUGAAUUACAAAAAUAAGUUUAUUACUUUUGAAAAAUGCAGCAUAUAUAUGGUUUACUCGGCGAUAUUGGCGAUACAAUGUCUGCGUAGUGGCUCUAUCAAGAAGAAAAACCUCGCAGAUUUCAUGGACUUUCUCGGGUCCGAUACCCUACCAUACGAACUCGCAAGGAAACUGUUUGAUAGCGAGAUGACGAGUGCCGAGGGAGUGGAACUACUCGGAACUUUAGCUAACGGAAAUGAUUUCGCUUUCGAAUACAACUUUGACUUCACGCUUCUGAACGAAAUCGACACUCUGAUCGGAGGAACUCAUAAUGGUUUUACGUAA